CGUUACAUUCACCUAUUCGAGUUCAAUGGACAUCAAGCAGGUCACCGUUGUCGUCUGCGGCGAUGAAGGUGUCGGCAAGUCCUCUCUUAUCACGGCAUUGGUGAAGGAGACCUUUGUGCCGAAUAUUCAAAAGACAAUUCCUGUUAUCACUAUCCCGCCGGAUAUCAGUACGCCCGAGAGUGUGACUACACAGAUCAUUGACACAUCGUCGGCUCCAAAUGAUAGAGAUGCAUUGUGUCGAGACAUCAGACGGGCGAAUGUCAUUUGUCUAGUCUACUCCGACGACUACUCGUGUGAGCGAGUCGCCCUAUUCUGGCUACCAUUGUUUCGAUCGCUCGGCGUUAACCUCCCCGUCGUCCUCUGCGCCAACAAAUCCGACCUCAAUGAAGAACCCGAAGCCAACCAAGCCCUCGAAGACGAAAUGAUCCCGAUCAUGCAAGAGUUCAAAGAAGUCGAAUCAUGUAUCCGGUGCUCCGCAAAAUCCUUGGUGAAUGUCAAUGAGGUCUUUUACUUAUGUCAGAGGAGUGUGACGCAUCCGAUAAGUCCGCUGUUUGAUUUCAAGGAGCAGCAGUUGAAGACGGCAGCUGUUGCGGCGUUGCAGAGGGUGUUCUUUUUGAGUGACACGGAUCAGGAUGGGAGGUUGAAUGAUGAUGAGAUGAAUGAGCUGCAGCGCAAAUGCUUCGACAAAUCUCUUCCACCAGCCGAACUCCAAGACAUUAAAGAUACCAUAGCCAAGGCAUCCACUGACGCCAUCAAAGACGGAGGUAUCACGGAAUACGGCUUCAUCCUCCUCAACAAGAUCUUUGCCGAGAAAGGCCGACACGAGACAACAUGGACUAUUCUCCGAAAAUUCGAAUACACAGAUUCACUCUCGCUCAAAGACAAGUUUCUGCACCCUAAAUUGGAUGUACCAGCUUUCGCCUCCGUCGAGCUGUCGCCCGCUGGAUACCGGUUCUUCGUGGACUUGUUUGCGAGAUUCGACAAAGACAACGACGGCGCCCUAAACCCUGCCGAACUCGCCUUCCUUUUCGCGCAUACACCCUCGAUCCCACCAUCCUGGCGUUCUUUUCCCUACACAACUGUGCGUAAUGAGGCAGGUAACGUCACCCUACAAGGCUGGCUCGCACAAUGGUCCGCUACGACGCUCAUGGAUCACACGGAGACACUACGAUACCUGGCGUAUUUGGGUUUUGAGGGAGGGAGGGGAGGAACGACUGACGCGCUAAAGGUCACGAAACCGAGGAAGCAUGGAGGAAGGGUGAAUAAGAAGGCGGAUCGGAAUGUGUUUUGUGUGUAUGUCGUUGGAGAGCCGGGAGCUGGAAAGUCUGCCAUUUUGAAUGCGUUUUUGAAUAAGCCGUUGGGGAAUGAUUAUGUGGUGUCCUCGACGAAUAUUACGACCUCAUCGACGGAGGUGUGCAACGCUGUCGAGAUUCAGGGAAAGCAGCGAUACAUGAUUCUCAAAGAACUCCUCCCCGCCGACAUCGACCUCCUCGACUCUGACAAACACAUAAACGCCUGCGACGUCCUGUGCCUCGCCUACGACUCCUCCAACUCCGAAUCCUUUAUGUACCUCGCCUCCCUACGCGAAAAGUAUCCCAAGAUAUCGACGUUGCCGUGUGUGUAUGCCGCGACGAAGAGUGAUUUGGAUAGGGUUGCACAGCAUUACGAGGUGCAGCCGGAUGUGUAUUGUAGGGAGUUGGGCGUGGCGGCGCCGAUACACGUCAGUGUUCAUUGGGGGUCGGUAUCGGAUCUGUUUGUUCAGCUUGCGGAGGCGGCGCAAUCACCUCAGCUUCAUCGACCAAAAGCAGAGGAGAAAUCCUCGCCGAACCUCCGCCUCGUCAUCGGUUUGACAGCUUUCACGGCUCUUGCUGUCUCCGUGGGAACAGGAAUAUGGUAUAGGUACUACAGACAUACACAAACUCAGAAAUGAGUGGUUCAAAUAAUUUAUAUCUGUCUACCAUGCGCAAGGCCUCACUGCAAAACACGAACACAAAUAAAAAAAGAAAAACGCCAAUUGAAUCCAACGCCGUGCAAUU